AUGGGCACUCCCCAAGAAGAGGCGCAGAUAGCCACCACCACCACCAUCACCUCCUCCAGCGCGCCCACAACAGCCCCAGCAAAUCCGCCCAUGUCCAAAAACGCCCUCAAGCGCCUCCGCAAGCAGGAAGAAUGGGAAGCCGGCAAGGAUGACCGCCGCAAGCGCCGCAAGGAGAAGCGCCACGAGCGCAAGACGCGCGCCCGCUCGGAGCGCGCCGCCCUCAUCGCCCAGGGCGUCGACCCCCAGGACCUGCAGAAGAAGAAGACGCCGUCGACGCUCGUCCCCGUGGGCAUCGUCAUUGACUGCGACUUUGAGGAGUAUAUGAUGGACAAGGAGCGCGUGUCGCUGUCGAGCCAGGUCACGCGCGCGUACUCGGACAACAAGCAGGCGCGGUACCGCGCGCAUCUCUGGGUCGCGGGCUUCAACAAGGGGAUUGCCAAGAGAUUCAACGAGGUGCUGGGUGCGCAGCAUAAGAAGUGGAAGGGCAUCUGGUUUGAUGACGGCGACUUCUUGAGUUGUGCGGCCAAGGUUCGCGAGAAGAUGAAUGCCGCUGAUGGGAGUGGAGGCGAGAUGAUUGAGUCGCUGCAGCGCAGUCUCGACGAAAAGCCGGCGUGGACGCGUGACGAGACUGAUCCUUUCCCUCUUCCCGAUCCCGAGCCUCCUCUGGAUGAGGCCAACAAGGACGUUGUGUAUCUGUCUUCAGACUCUCCGUACACGCUUGAGCGGUUAGAACCCAACACAUGCUACAUUGUUGGCGGGCUGGUCGACAAGAAUCGCGAAAAGGGCCUCUGCUAUCGUCGCGCGCGGGAAAAGGGCAUUCGAACGGCCAAGCUGCCAAUUGGCCAGUUCAUGGUGAUGCAGAGCCGGCAGGUCCUAGCGACGAACCACGUUGUGGAGAUUAUGCUCAAGUGGCUGGAGUGCGGCGACUGGGGGCAGGCUUUCUUGAGCGUCAUUCCGAAGAGGAAGGGCGGCCGGUUGAGAGGCGAGGAGGCUGGCGAAGAUGCUGGCGAAGGUGAAGCCGAGGCGAGUGAGGCCGAGGAGGAGGAGCAGGAUGAAGAGGAAAAGGAGGCCGGAGAGGCCGAGGCGUCAGAAAGUAAAGCACAAGAUCCCCCCCAAGCAGAGGCAGCGACAGAUGUUGGAGAUGCAAACAAAGCCGAACAGGUAGAAGAGACAUCAUAG